AUGUUCACGAGCACUAAAGAUGAUGCUUCCUUUCACAUUCACUUUUCGUUUAGAAAUAAGAGUUUGAUUGUCUUCACUGGAGAUGCUUCCUUUCAGGUUCACUUUCGUUUAAAAAAAAUUAAUGUUGAAGAAAUUUUUCGCAGCCUUAAGAUGCUUCCUUUCACAUUCACUUGUCGUUUAGAAAUAAGAGUUUGA